AUGGCGCUAGAUGCGCCGCCAUCCACGCGCAGCUCUGGACAUUAUCGUUCCAGGUUCGGUCGUUUGCCGGAUCUGUCGGCCGCCCAAUCCGAAGUUGGAGAGUCCCCCUCCGACUCCCCUACGAACGAGGCUCGGGCCGCGAUUGCCGCUGACGGCGACUCGAAGGGCAGUGACACGAGUAAGGAUUCUGCCGAGCCGCGGACGCACAGCCGUACGGGACGCACCAGCGGAACUGGCAGCAAAGGGCCGCCCAAUCCACAUUCGCCAGUCUCCCCUUCUCCGCCGCUUCCCCCUUCCCCCCUUUCGCCUUCUCCCACGCUUCCCCUUUCCCCCCUUUCCCCUUCUUCCCCCCCGGCAACCUCCCGGCCUUUCUCCGCGCUAACUCGCGCCAUAUCCCUCACGCCCACCCGCGGCGCAUCAUCCGGCGGGCUGACCCGCGGCGCAUCAUCGGGCGCGCUGAGUCGCGAUGCUUCCGGGUCGCUCGCGCCAACUCGCGCGCAGCUCUCCGCUAUGCGCCGCGCGGCGGCGUUCCAGCAGCAGCAUCCGUCGUGCUGGCCGAGCCGCGGCCGCAUGCAGGUGACGACAGACUCGUUUGACUUUGAAGACCUCGGGUUGACCGACGCUGACUGGAUGGGCGACGAUGGCGACUCGCCAGCAUCCGCGAAAUCGCCCGGGGAAGCCGUCGAGUAUGCCACGUCAUCCCCGAGCAAUCGCACCGCGCCGUCGGACCGUAACGACGAAGCUGGACGCGGCGCUGAAGGGGCUGCCGCGUGUAGUAGUGAUGGAAUUGCCACGUGUCCGGCCAGAUCUGAGAGUGGGGUGUGUUUUGGCGAAACGGACGCGGCUUCUAGCGAUGUGAUUUGUAACGCGUUCGAAAAGGGAAAAAGGUGGGGCGGGGAGACGGCAGGGGAAGGAAAAAAGUCGACGGAUGGGGGAGUUGGGGAGGGGCGGAGAGGGAGGGGGAGGGGAGAUUUGGCACACGCGGGGGAAAGAAGAAAAGCAAGGGAGGCGCAGGAGAGGGUUGGGGGGACAGCAGCGCUGGACGGAGCGGGGGGAAGGGGGAAGGGGGAGGAUGGGGCGGCGGAGGAGGGGGAGAACGGGGAGGCGGGGGAGGUGGAGGAAGGGAGGGCGGGGGAGGCGGAUGAGGAGGAAAAGGGGAUGAAAGAAAGGGGAGUGGCGGAGUGGGGAUGGAGGGCGAACAGGGAUGGCGCUGCGAUCAGCAGAGGGAGCGAAACGGUUGAGGCUAGCUUUCGGUUCCUGGCAGGAGAAGAGGGGUGUGCAGAUGAGGGGGGGAAAGAGGGAGAAGGGAGUGAGGGAGAGGAGGGGAGUGAAAGAGGAGAGGGAAGUGAGAGAGAGGAGGGAGAGACGGAGGGCGCAGAUGGAAUUAUCGUGUCCCGCACUAUUCACACUCCCUCCUCUCCUCGCUCUCCUCUCUCUCCUCGUCCCUUCCCAUCCCAGCCUCUCACAUCCCCUGCCCUUGCCGACCGGCACAAGCCAUCUCCUCUCAGGCGAACCUCUGGGCAGACUGACACCCUUCAGGCUGAUCCUCAGGUGAAGCCCCAGGUGCUUCCUCAGGUGGAUUCCCAGGUGCUCUUUCGGGUGAAUCCCCAGGAGAACAUGCAGGAGAAGUCUCAGCGAAAAUCUCAUGCAGGAGCAGCAAAUGCAGCACCAGCAGCAGCAGCAGCAGCAGCAUCACAACCAACAGCAGCAGAGCCAUCACCAGCACCAGCACCAGCGGCAGCACUGGUGGCAACAGCACCACCGUCCCGUCCUGCUUCUGCUGCCAAGCCGCCACUCUCCCCGUCACCCGCUCACAUGAGGGGCUUCAGAGCAGCUGCAGACAGCAAGAAAGCAGCCCCUGGGAGCAAGAGGGCAGGGCUAGAGAGCAACCGAGCAUCAGCCCCCUCUGCAGGCCAGUCCCUUCGACGCCAGGCAUCCGCCCCCAUUGCCUCCCUCUCCUCCUUCUCCUUCUCUCCCUCCCCAUCCCCCUCCUCCUCCUCCUCCUCCUCCUCCUCCUCCUCCUCCUCCUCCUCCUCCUCCUCCUCCUCCUCCUCCUCCUCCUCCUCCUCCUCCUCCUCCUCCUCCUCCUCCUCCUCCUCCUCCUCCUCCUCCUCCUCCUCCUCCUCCUCCUCCUCCUCCUCCUCCUCAACCGCCCCAGAUUGGGACCAAUACACCCAUGGGCCCGAUGCCAGUGCCGGUGACUGUAAGGAGGGCUCUGUUUCCCUCACACUGGGUGGUUCGGCUCAAAAUGGUUCGGCGCUUGGUGGUUCGGCACGAGAAGGUUCGGCACGUGGUGACAAGAUUGCAGCAGCAGGGCUGACACGCAGCAGCAGCACUGCCGGUGCCACGACCCACCCUUCAUCCUCCCCUGUGUUCUUUCCUCGCUCCCCCAUUGCUCCUCCAUUCUCCCACACUCCUCCAUUCUACCACACUCCCUCUUCACCAUCACCCCCAUCACCAUCAUCCCCAGCAUCAUCCUUAUCCUCUGCUCCUUCCUUUGCCCGCUCCCUCUCCUCCUCCUCUGCCUCCUCUCACGCAUCUAACCCUCUCCACCCCUCUGCACCCAUCACCACCACCCACCACGCCCGACCCCUGUCGCGCUGUGCCCGCCCGUUCUCCCCUCCCCCACGUUACCUGGCCUGUAUCGCUGCGGAAACUGCCAAACCUAAUUCCGUCGCUGCUGCUGCUGCUGCUUCCAACGCUGGUGUUGCCACCAACCCCACUGCUGCUGCUACUGCUGCUGGUGCUGCCGCUGGUGCAGUUGAAAUGGCAGCACCUGAGCAGAUUGUGUUUGCUGGGAAAGCAACCUCUGGGGGCAGAAGCCCUCUCUGGCGAACGCAGAGCAGCGCUGAGAGCAGCUCACGUGCCUUUGGACCCGAAAGUAGGAGGGAGAGCAGGGGGAGCAAAGACGCGACUGAGAGCCUGGAGAACAGGGAAAGCAGGGAGGACGGAGAGAGCACAGGAAUGAGAGGGGGUGUUGGGGCAAGAGGGAGUGGAGUGGGCAGAGGGAGCAUUGCAGUGAGAAGUAUGAGUGGGAGGGCGCUGAGGAGAAGCCAGACUCUGGACUGGCACCCAGGCCACCAGCAGCAACGGCAGGCUCAGGUGCAGCCUCAGGUGAUACCGCAAAUGUUUCAGGUGAAACAACAGAUGCAGCAGCAGCAGCACAGGCCAGAUGUGUUGAUUAUACAUGGGGACGAGGAGACAGAUGCGAUUUACACACACCCAAGAGCAGCUGCUGCAGCAGCGGCCGCACAAGUGGCCGCUCACUCUGCGUCUGCUGCUGCUGCUCUUGCUGCUGCCAAGGCCUCCCUCCCUGCCCCUCUCCCCCACCCCGCUUCCCCUCCUGUGUCUCCUGUGUCUGCUGCAUCUCCUGUGUUUUCUGCAUCUGAUGCAGCCACAACAGCAGCAGCAGCUCUUAGUGAAGCUGCUCUUAGUGUUGCUGAUAACGGCGCUAUUCCUAGCCCUGCUUAUAACGGGGCACUGCACAGCCCUGCAGCAGGUAUGGCAUGGGGGUCAGGGAGGGCGCUAGAGCCGCCUGACGUGGUGAACCUUGCAGUGCUGGUGUCGGUGCUGGCUGGCAGUGUGCGCGUGAGUAGUAAAUGGGUCAGUCAGGGUUACACGAGUCAGCCCAUGGGCAUGGCGUGA